CGGCUGCGGGCGGCUCCGUGCUGCCCCGGGGCAGAGCGCGGGGCGGCUGCCGGUAGCUGGCGGCGGCGUGGGGGGGGAACCGCCGCGCUCCCGGCAGCAUGGCUUUCGCUAAUUUCCGCCGCAUCCUGCGCCUUUCCACCUUUGAGAAACGGCGUUCCAAGGAGUACGAGCACGUUCGAAGAGACCUGGAUCCCGGCGAGGUGUGGGAGGUCGUGGGGGAGCUGGGAGACGGAGCCUUCGGCAAGGUCUACAAGGCUAAGAAUAAGGAAACCGGUGCCUUAGCAGCUGCCAAAGUCAUUGAAACAAAGAAUGAAGAUGAACUGGAGGAUUACAUGGUGGAAAUUGAAAUACUGGCAACCUGUGAUCACCCGCACAUCGUCAAGCUGCUGGGAGCCUUUUAUUGGGAAGGCAAGCUGUGGAUCAUGAUCGAGUUUUGCCCAGGCGGGGCGGUGGAUGCCACCAUGCUGGAGCUGGACCGGGGCCUGACUGAACCCCAGAUCCAAGUGAUUUGCCGCCAGAUGCUGGAAGCUCUCCACUACCUUCACAGCAAGAAAAUCAUCCACCGGGACCUGAAGGCUGGCAAUGUGCUCCUUACACAGGAUGGGGACAUCAAGUUGGCUGACUUUGGUGUGUCUGCCAAAAAUGUGAAAACCUUGCAGAAGCGAGACUCCUUCAUUGGGACCCCUUACUGGAUGGCCCCGGAGGUGGUGAUGUGCGAGACCAUGAAGGACACUCCGUACGACUACAAAGCAGACAUCUGGUCCCUGGGAAUUACGCUGAUCGAAAUGGCCCAGAUUGAGCCUCCCCAUCAUGAGCUCAACCCCAUGCGAGUCCUGCUGAAGAUUGCCAAGUCUGACCCGCCUACGCUCAGCUGCCCUUCCAAAUGGUCCCUGGAGUUCAGAGACUUCCUGAAGACAGCGCUGGACAAGAACCCUGAGACCCGACCCAGUGCAGCCCAGCUGCUCGAGCAUCCCUUCGUACGCAAGGUGACCAGCAACCGGGCCCUGCGUGAGCUGGUGGCUGAGGCUAAGGCAGAGGUACUGGAGGAGAUUGAGGACAGCCGGGAUGAGGCAGAGGAUGAUGAUUCCUCCGAGUCAGCCUCGCUGCCUGGAAAGCACAAGCGAGACCCCUCUGAAGUGAGUCAGCUGAGUUUUGAUGGGGACAAACCUCCAGACUCUUCCUCACUCAAGACAGCUAAUGGUCCUGUAGCAGCUGACAAGGAAAUGGUGAAUGGACAGAGUGAUAAAGUCAUGGAUGAAGGGAUAAGCAGUGACAGUGACAAGUUGGUGAAUAGCCGCUCCACUAAAACCCUUGCCAGCUCCAGCCCAGACGAAGGGAAAUCCACCCCAGGCAAACCAGACAUCAUCUCGCUGUCUGGACGGCGGGGUAGUUCAGCAGAGGGGGAUAAGCAGCCCAUGCCAGGCAGCAAGGAGCGGAGGAGCAUGGUGGACCGACCAGAGAGCAGCCACCUGGAAAACUUCCCGGAGGACAAACUUGCCAACGGAAGCUUGGAUUCAUCAGCAGUGUUCCCUGGCAGCCGGUCCAAAGGGGACUCAGAUUCCGGCAGCACGUCGGCCUCAGAGAGUAUGGACCUCACCAUCUCCCUGUCUGCAGACCUGUCACUCAACAGAGAGACUGGUUCCAUCUCCCUGAAGGAUUCCAGGAUGCACAACAAGACUCUGAAACGCACCCGCAAGUUUGUGGUGGAUGGAGUAGAGGUGAGUGUCACCACCUCGAAGAUCAUCAGCGAGGAUGAGAAGAAGGAUGAAGAAAUGAGGUUUCUCAGGCGCCAGGAGCUGAGGGAGCUUCGCCUGCUUCAGAAGGAGGAGCACCGAAACCAGGCCCAGCUCAACACCAAGCACCAGCUGCAGCUGGAGCAGAUGCUCCGGCGCUUCGAGCAAGAGAUGACAGCUAAGAAGAAGUUCUAUGACACUGAACUGGAGAACCUCGAGCGGCAGCAGAAGCAGCAGAUUGAGAAGAUGGAACAAGAUCACUCGCUGCGCCGCCGGGAGGAGGCCAAGCGCAUCCGCUUAGAGCAGGAGCGGGACCAUGUGAAGUUCAUGGAGCAGCUGAAGCAGAAGAAAAAGGAGGUCAAGAAUGAGGUUGAAAAGCUGCCACGGCAACAGCGCAAAGAGAACAUGAAGUUGAAGAUGGAUGACUUUGCCCAAAGAAAACAAGCCAUGGAACAGGAUUUUUUGGCCAAGCAGAAGGAAGAUCUGGAGCUAGCCAUGAAGAACAUAACUGCCCAGAACAAAAAAGAGAUCUGUGACAAAGAACGCGACUGCCUGAACAAAAAGCAGCAGCUCAUGAGAGACCGAGAGGCAUGCAUCUGGGACCUUGAGGAGCGUCAGCAGCAGGAGAAACACCAGCUUAUCAAGCAGCAGCUAAAGGACCAGUAUUUCCUCCAGAGGCAUGAGUUGCUCAGGAAGCAUGAGAAGGAAAGGGAGCAAAUGCAGCGCUACAACCAACGUAUGAUAGAGCAGCUGAAAAUUCGGCAGCAGCAGGAGAAAGCUCGGCUCCCCAAAAUCCAGCGGAGUGAAGGGAAGACGCGCAUGGCCAUGUACAAGAAGAGCCUUCACAUCCACUCCAGUGGCAGUGCAGCUGAACAGCGGGAGAAGAUAAAACAGUUUUCUCAGCAGGAAGAGAAGAGGCAAAGGGCAGAGCGGCUGCACCAGCAGCAAAAGCAUGAGACACAGAUGAAGGACAUGCUGGCCCAGUGUGAAAGCAACACGAACGAGCUCCAGCAGCUGCAGAAUGAAAAGUGUCACCUUUUGAUUGAACACGAAACGCAGAAACUUAAGUCCCUGGAUGAGAAUCACAACCUGCACAUGAAGGAGUGGCGGGACAAGCUGAGGCCACGGAAGAAGGCCCUGGAGGAUGAGCUGAACCAGAAGAAGCGUGAGCAGGAGAUGUUUUUCAAGCUGAGUGUGGAGGCAGAUGAACAAACCCCAGCAUCCCCAACCAAACACACCAAGUUCAUCCCCUUCAGCUCCACAGAGAGCUCGUAACCCUGUGGCUGGCAGGACACCAGCUGGGCCUUGCUGCAUCCUCCUGGGCUGUAGUGGGGCACCUUGGACUUGGAAGACUCUCAGCAGCCUCUUCUCACAGCACCUGCCUGUCCCUGUGCUGUUCCUAUGAGAAAUGUGCCUUUGUCCUUCACUGGGAGAUGCUACUGGAUGUUUUGGAGGCUUUUCCAGAGUCUGGGCUGCUCAGCAGAGCUCAUGACUGGGGAGGACAGUUUCUUUCUGUGGUUUACUUGCACUGUUAGCUGAAUGCAUUGCCUGUGCUGUGAGCCUGGUGCUCAGCGGGCUCAUCAGCUGGAACUGAAGAAUAGCAGCCCUGAGCAGGAGCAGUAGGCAGGGCCUCGAGCACACUGCCAGUGGUUAAGCUGCUCCUCCCAGUCCUCUGUAACCAGCCAGCCUGGGACAAAGCAUCCCUGUGGUGUCUUAUGCAAGCCUUGGCCUUGUUGCCCCCCACAUUUGCCUUAGAUUUAUUUGUAUCUGCCAUGGCCCCCUUUGUCUCAAAGGAGACAGUGAUUUGGAUUUAUUUCCUUUUAGGAGAGAGACUUAGGUUCCCACCACAGUCUGUGAAGAAAAGGGACUUGCUGAGCACCCUAUCAGAGUACGUUCAGUUUUUCAUUGUCAUUUCAUUUGCUGUGGUUGCAGGCACCACGGUCUCUCUGCACCUGGCUAGCAUUACCUUAUUGGGCCCCAAACUUGCAGCUGAUAAUGUGGGGCUCCUCACUGAACCUCUCAACUGCCUGCAGGUUUUCGUCCCUUGAAUGUGUGUGCACGUGGGAGUUUGUAAUGUUGUUCAGUCCCAUGGUGUUGCAGCGAGGGGUUACAGGGUGUUAAUGCAGCAGCUCUUAUGGUCACACAUGUGCCUGAGGUUUUUUUUUAAGUGCUAUAUAUGUAUGGGCCAUGUAAGUCAGCCACUCUGAAGUCAGGGUAGCAGGAAGAAGCAAAGGAGUCUUGAAACAAGGGGUGCAAGGGAAGAGGAGAUGCAAAGAUAGGUCACAAUGGCUUGUUACCCUGUUUUAUCUCCUUGUGAAGUGCCAUGGUCUCUUGUAUGAUUCUCCUGACCUUCAGCUUAGCGUCAGGCUGCAGAGAGGCAGAGCAGCAGUGGGCCCAGCCUUCCACCCUCUGUUCUGUGGCGUUGUCUCAGGUGGGUGCUGUUCCACAUCAGCACAAAGCACUGCAUGGCUGAGCUUUGGUUGAGCUCUGGUGACCCGGAGCAUGAGCCUGGGAAAGGGAACUGAGCAAGGCCCUCUUCAUGCAAUGGCAGUGACCAAAAGGCAUAUGGUAGCACGUGGGUUUUUCUCUUCGAUGUCUGGACAGUUGUUUAGUGCAAGAAGAAAUGUCCCUGCUAAAAAAUAACUAUUAGCAUGUAUCGGUUCAGAGAUGUACUGCCAUUUGAGGGCAAGGUGGUCUCUGGCAUGCUAUGCUCUCAACUCCCUGGCUGAAGGAGUCAGCCCCCAGGUCUUUCCCACAUCUUUAUCUGAGGAGUGCAUUCGCUACCCAUUUAGAGUUCAUAAUAUGCUUCCUACAAACUAGCAAGAUUACAUUAAUUUGGGCCAUUCCAAGAUUCUUCUGAAUCUACAUCAUUAAUGUCUUAAUAAACAUAGCCUAGAGAUGUGAGGGCUGGGUCCUUUGCAAGCAGUCUGCGUGCAAUAAAUAGUCUGUCUUAGGGAGGCUGCCUCUCCCAUCUCCAAAAGGAUUGGCUGUGCCUUUCAGAUACGAUGACAGAACCAGUUUGGGACAAAAAUGAAUGAGCACGGAUUGAUCCUGAACCAGGACGAUGUGUUUGUUUCAGCCUUUUAGUUGCAAUGGAAAGGUACAGUAGCAGCCCCAGUGGUUCCCUGUCCCCCUGGGGUCAGGCUGGAGUUGUUCAGUAAGAUGGUGGUUGUUGCAGGAAUCAGUGCCUAGUGUGUGGCUUUUGGUUUGGUAUGUGUGACCUGCGGAAGGAUGUCUUGCAGCGCGGUGUUGCUGCCAUACUUUGUCCAGUUGAAGCAGCCUGCAGCCCCUCUGACCGCCUUCUUGCACCAACCCAGGAGUGUCAGUUCUCUCUGAAUACUGUGCAGCUGUGGGGAUGGAUGGAGACUUUCUGGAGGCUUUUAAGGAGCUGGUUAGAUCCCCUGAGGGAAAUCGGUUGUGUCUUCCUUCAGUGCAGCUCAUUCACAGCCUGGAGUUAGCAGCAUGGUUUUGCUUCUGCUAAUAGAGGAUGGGAAUGGUUUUGUCCCCUGCCUGUUCUGCUCCUUUUCCAGGUGCAUUGGUGCUCUGGCACCAAACCCUCUCCGUGCAGAGGGCAGGGGAGCACAUCUGAUGAUUGUCAUGUUUACAGAGAGGUUAGUUUGCCUCCCUUUAAGAAGAGAUUGUUUUGUUGUUUCCUGUUGAGAAGUAACCACAAAUACAUUUUUGGGGGAGGGGAUGCGGGGCCAUUUUUUAAAAUGUGGCUUUGAAUAAAAAGACUUUUAAAAUGUUUUGGAGAACAUCUUGGAGUCAUCACUACGAUGUAAAGAGCCUUCUAAUAAAGUAACAGACCGAGAAA